GGGUAUGUGUGUCCGCCAUUGAAUCGCGCGAGAGAGAACAGGGAGGGCUUCAGAUGUGGGGGCCAUCCAUGAAGAUGGAAGGGACGUUCCCUGAGGCAGAAGGGGCUCCAUCCGAGGAAGGGCAGAGGGCUGUGGCCCAGGAGGGUGCCCAAGAUGCCCUCUCAUGUGAUGGUGCACAGAUGCUCUCAAGCCGUCUUCUUUGCACAGAUGUGGAAGCAGCUGCUGCACCACUGGUCCAGUGUCCCUUUUCCUUCGAGGAGGUGGCCGUGUAUUUCACGGAGGCCGAGUGGGCCCUGCUGGAUCAGGACCAGAGAGCCCUCUACAGGGAGGUGAUGCUGGAGAACUAUUGGAGCGUGGCCUCUCUGGCCGGAAAUGAUCAGAGGAAUGAGGAGGUUGAGGAACUGCAUCAUAUAUCGUCCGAUGAAGUCAAGAAUGAAGAUGUGCGAGGAAACUUCAAGAAUCAAGGCAGACCUAAGGGGCAGAAAGGCAGCCACAUGGUUGAGAAGAAAGAUAAUCCCAUGCCUUACCAAGGGGGGAAUGUUUGUGAAGUAAUUCACUUGACGGAAGAAACAUACAAGUGUGUGGAGUGUGGAAUGAACUUCUCAGAUAAAACCCAAUAUAAUACCCAUUUGCAAAUGCACAGUGGAAAGGAGAUUCAUCAAUUUUUAGAGUGUAAAAAGAGCUUCCUUUGUAGAGCAGAGCUCCUUGUACAUCAAGAGACAGACGCAGGAGAGAAACAUGACAGGUGCUCAGACUGUGGCAAGAGUUUCUCACAGAAAUUAGACCUUAUUGAACACCAAAAGAUUUGUUCAGGAGAGAAGCCAUUUUUCUGCUCAGAGACUGGAAUGGCAUUCUCUGAUGGAAAAAAGUCUAAUGCACACUUUCCAGGGCGCAGUAUAAUGAAGACGUGUAAAUGCCUUUGUUGUGGAAAGUACUUUAAAUACAGAUCAGAGCUUCUUGCGCACCAAAGAAUACACACAGGGGAGAAACCUUUUGAAUGCUCAGAGUGUGGGACAAGAUUCAAGCAGAGGAGCCAUCUGCAGCGGCAUCUAAGCACCCACACAGGAGAAAAACCUUUUGAAUGCUCAGAGUGUGGAAAUAGAUUCAUUCAGAACAGUGACCUUCAAAGGCACCUAAGAACCCACACAAUGGAGAACCCUUUUGAAUGCUCCGUGUGUGGAAAGAAAUUCAGUCGGAGUUACAACCUCCAAAUGCAUCUAUCAACACACACUGUAGAGAAACUAUUUGAGUGUCCAGAGUGUGGAAAGAGAUUCAAGUGCAGUAGCAGUCUUCAGCAGCAUCAACGAAUACACAGGGGUGAGAAACCUUUUGAGUGCUCAGAGUGUGGAAGAAGAUUCAGGCAGAUUGGCCAUCUUCUUAUGCACCAAAGAACCCACACAGGGGAGAAACCUUUUGAAUGCUCAGAGUGUGGGAUAAGAUUCAAGCGGAGUAGCCAUCUGCAGCGGCAUCUAAGAACCCACACAGGGGAAAAACCUUUUGAUUGCUCGCAGUGUGGAAACAGAUUCAUUCAAAAUAGUGACCUUCAGCGGCAUCUAAGAACCCACACAAAGGAGAACCCUUUUGAAUGCUCCGUGUGUAGGAAAAAAUACAGUCAGAGUUACGACCUUGAAAUGCAUCUAUCAACACACACUGGAGAGAAACUAUUUGAAUGUCCAGAGUGUGGGAAGAGAUUCAAGUGGAGUAGCGGUUUUCAACAGCAUCAAAGAAUACACAGGGGGGAGAAACCUUUUGAGUGCUCAGAGUGUGGGAAAAGAUUCAGUCAGACUGGCAAUCUCCUUGUGCACCAAAGAACCCACACAAGGGAGAAACCUUUUGAAUGCUCUGAGUGUGGGAUAAGAUUCAGGCGGAGUAGCCAUCUGCAGCAGCAUUUAAGAACCCACACAGGGGAGAGACCUUUUGAAUGCUCUGAGUGUGGAAAGAGAUUCAGUCAGAGUGGCAAUCUUCAACAACAUCAAAGGACCCACACAGGGAGAAACCUUUUGAGUGUUUAGACUGUGGAAAGAGAUUCAUCAGAGUGGCAAUCUUCAACAACACCAAGAAAAUCGCACAGAGGACAAUCUUUUGAACGCUCAGAGUAUGGAAAGACAUUCAGCUGGAGUGUUGUUCUUCAACAGCGUCUAGGAAUUCACACCAAGAAAAACUCUUUUGAUUGCUCAGAGUGUGAAAAGAGAUUCAUUCAUCAAAGCUGUGAUCUUCAAAAACACCUGUGAACUCACAUGGGGAGAAUCCUUCUGAAUGCUCAGAGUAUAUGAAGGGAUUUUGUCAACCUGGCCACCUUCAACGACAUCAGAGAACCCACAUCAGGAGAAACCACAUAACUGCUUAACUUGUGAAAACCACAAGUCACACCACAAGACAACCACAGACCAUAGAAAGGGUUGAAACCAUGUAAACACUUGUGAAGUCCUUGCAUCUGCCCAGAACCCUUACGCUAACCUGGAGGAACUGAAAUGCUUUCCCCCUGCCCCAUGGGUGCUGUAACUCAGGUUUCCAAAAUGGCUCAGUUUUCUCUUUGUAGGCAAAGAAGGGAAGGGAGAACAGCAACCCAGCUGCAUUCCAGGUGUGCCGAGAGCUGCCUGCUUUGCCACACAACUGGCCCUUCCCUCUCCUUUUUCUCCACUCUCUGAAGAGACUACCGAUUUCGAAGUAACUACCUAGAGAGGUAGGAAGUGAAUAGAAAGUUCCCAGGCAGGCUUUGGGGUAUUUCCGAGCAAUGCACUGGGGCAAAGGUAAUGUUUUUCCUGGGAAGGAAGCAGGGUUUUUAAAUGCUGAGGAAGAAUGCAGCUUCAUGUAGAGAAAGAGACAUCUGUGUAGAGCUGUCCCCAGCGGCAGCUGUUUUCUGUCAGACCGUGCAGGCGUCCAGGUAAAACGGACCAACAAGGGAGCAAUCUUGCCACUUUGUAAGCUUUUAAUGCCUGCUCUAAUUCUUGUAAUAUCUAGGUAGGGCAUGUGUAGGAACCAGGGAAAGAAGGAUGCAUUUCUAACCAAAUUUCAUUUGUUCUUCUGUUUGCUGGUCUGGUGCUUUGCUAAAUGUAUGCUUGUAAAUGUUUCCUUUUGAAUAAAUAUUAUAACCUUUUGAUUAAA